AUGGGUCUAUUUCUGAGCAAACAAGGUGAAGGCCAACUCCUUGCCGAGCCCACCAUGCAAAGCACAAUUCAAGUUCCUCUCUUCAAUGGCUUGUUGUAUCGUCUUGUGGAUGAAGCUGACGGUACCAUUGGUUUCUUUAACAACUCAAAGGAUUAUGAGUUUCAUGUGACAUAUCUUUUCAGCGCAAACAGCCUCAUUGAACCAUUGGAUAAAGCCACAGCUGCACAGCAGGAUGAUGGAAUUCUCUGCGAGGUCACCAUUUACCCACUUGAGACGCAACGUUUCGUUAAGGGAGAAAUUACCGGAUAUGAAAGUAAAAUUGAUGCCUUGUUGCUUUCUGAUGAUUACUUCCGGUUAAAUGAGGACCGUAACCCGGAGAGAUAUUUCCGUCACACCGGUCCCUUCAAGGCGACAUCGUUUUAA